AAAUCUCCUUGAAAAAUAAAAGAAAACCUUUCUUUUCAAUGAAAUUCCCUGUUUAUCACAACAGGCAGAUUUAUGACCAGGUAUAUAUUGCUCUAGGACUCCUGAGGGAUCAGCCAAGUGUUCCUCCAGGGAGAAGAAGAAAGGAACUCUUGGGCUGCCUGUUCUGAGACACUGCUUCAAGCUCUUUAACACUUUCUGUAAAGGAGAGCAAGGACAGAAGGAAUAAUUUGGGAAAGAAUUUCAAGCCAAGCCACCUGGAAGAUUAACAUCAAACUGUUGAAUAAGAAGGAGGGGUGAGUUUAUUAAGCACCAAAACUCCGCCCAUGACCUUGCAAGAGGUCUUUGGACAAACACAGGUGACUGUACUGGAAAAUUCACUCUAGGUCCUGUUUGGGAAAUCCAACAACUCUGUCUACUUGGAAAUCAUAUAAAAGCAGCCAAUCUGAGACUGCAGCAGAGGCAUUUGGGAGUCCUGUGCCACUUUGGGGCUGCGAGCAGAGUCCUGUGCUGUUCUUUUCCAAGGAGAGCAAGAGCCCUUCACUGAAAUCCUCCCACGAUGCUGGGGCUGCUGCUGCUGCAGGUGUUGGUGAGCUGCCUCUGGCUGGGACACAGCGAGGUGGUGACAUCCUUUGAAACUUCAUGUCCUCAGUUUUUUUUCCGGGAGAUCCCCCCAAAUGAAGCUCUGGAGCCGCAGAAACCAGCCUGGAUCUGCCAGCGCUACAAGAACCAGUAUUACUUUGCCACCCUGUAUGACAGGAAGAUGCGUAUUCCUGUCUACUCUGCUUACAUCUACCAGCCUGGACCUGGCAAAAGACCUAAAACAUGGCUGGUCGAGCCCCAGCUGCUUGGCCCAAUUUAUCCCAAAACUAUGGAAAAAGAGUGGACACUUUUAAAUCAUUACAAUGUCAGCUUAGAGAAACUCAGCCAGAGCCAGGCUAUCCUUCAUGACUACAAGAACCUGACGGGUUUGAACCGGGGCCAUUUGAACCCUAAUGGCCACCAUGAUGACUACAGCAGCAGAAUUGCUACCUUCACCCUCACCAACAUAGUGCCCCAGGAUGAGAAGCUCAACGGCGGCGCCUGGAACAACUACGAGCAGCAAACGAUGAUGAGGAGGACGCAGGGCUGUAGAACCACCUAUGUCAUCGUGGGUGCUGUGCCUGGGAACAACUACAUUGCUAAGGGAAGGGUUAAUAAACCCAGCCACCUCUGGUCAGCUGCCUGCUGCAUGGUGGACAACAACUAUGUAAAGGCUUGGGCAGUCAUUGCUGAGAAUGACAGGAACGAGGUCCAGCUCCUCACCCUGGGGGAGCUGGAGGACACAUUAACUGAGCUCUAUGGGAGGGGACAGGUUUCCCUGUUUGACAGUGACUGUCCCCGGGAAUAAACCUCAUAUCCUGGGUGGAACAGGCUCAGGAGCUUUUGCCAUAUGUCAUAGCAUAACAGAAUGGGUUGGAAGGAAUUUCAAAGACCAUCCAUGUAGUCUCAGCUCACGUGCCAUGGGCAGGGACAUUUUCCACUAUCCUCAGUGGCUCCAAGCCCUGUCCAACCUGGCUUU